AUGGAUCAGUCAGUAUCACUGGCUUUGCUCAGGAAGUUGCUAGAUGUUUGUAAACGAUGGGCUAAUCGUGCAUUUCCACUUCUGCUAAAACUGUUCUCUGUUAUUGGACGAUACCUUGGACUGCGACAAUUUGGUAGUGAAGUAAAUUGCACGAAGAAGAACGAUGUCGGUCUCACUGGAAUCGGUGAUGGCCAAACAUCUGAACAUAACAAUGGCGGAAGCGCUAAAGGUGUUUCGUUUUCGACACCUAACGAUCGUGCCGUAAUCGUUGCGUGCUCGUCUGUUCCUUCGAUGCCUGUUAUACCACCUCCGGCGCGUACACAUAACCAUUUCAGAUCGAUCGAUACAUCCGCCUCGUUUCCUAGGCCUAGGUCACCAACGCUCUGCAACGCACCUGGAAUUUUGUCUGAAAACGACGAAGAGGCUUAUUGCUUAUCGCCGUUGGAAGCGAUAGAAGAAAAGUCCUUUAGGGAAGGUUCUAUCGCGGAUGGCCGUUUAUUUGCAGAACCUGGUGGAUAUACUGCUUCACCGACCGAAUCACAGUCGAAGCCCCUAAAGACUAUUGCGCCAUCAUUGAGAUCACGGUACGAUCGGAACAUUGCUAUAAAUAGUAAAGAAGGACCUUGGGUAUUCGGGCCUCUGGCAACAUUUAACGUGUAUAAGAACCGCGACGUUUCUCGAUGGAAGCAUUACGUCCAUCCAGAGGGGCCACCGUACUACCUGUUGGGAAAGUGUGGUGGACGCAUCUUUUCCCAUUUGACAGAAGCAGACCUACAGAACAGUGCCGUUCUAGAAGAGGUUGAGGCCUUUGUGUGUGCAGUCGAAAGGCAUGCCACGAAUUUCAAUUGGGGUCGAGAUAUCCCAGAAAAUAUUGAAGUUGUUCUCGAGAUUGAAAACGAUGCAUGGAGCUAUUACAUGGUUGACUUGGAACAACGUUGUGUCUUCUGGCUUCACGAUUACGAUAUGACCGAUGCAUUGGGAGAAAGUUUUGGCGUAGAAUCAUUAGAUCAUUUUCGUAAGUCCGUGUUUCCGUCCUCGAAGGAUAAAUUACAUAACCACCGCCUGCGGUCAGGUCACCAGCUCGAUUUUGAGUUUUGGCAACAUAUCGAAUACUUCCCGAACCACCGCAAACUUUAUCCCGAUAUUUUCAAUGAAGUGAUGGGAAUUCUCAAUUACUGGAGAAUUGAUGUCAAGUCUUCUGCCGAUUCUGCUGCACCAUACGACGCCGACGACCUUAACACACUCGUAGUAUCAGUCAAGCAUCUACGCACUGUCUACGACUCUGGUGACUGCGCUUAUGCGAUUGCAAGUGUUGCGCGCAUAAUGGGUCUUACUUGUAAUGAACGUCAACUGAACUUUUAUGGUUUCAAUGGCGCUCGCAUUUCAGUAUGGCAAAGUGUACGAGGGAGUAAUCCGAAGAAGCGCUCGAUACUUAUCAAUUCUCUGUCUCCUUUGCUAUUCUAUGCACCGGACACCCAUCUGUCGGGUCUGGAAAAAUUAUGGGUUGAUGGAGUGAUAAGGGAUCGCAGGUGGAAGAAGUACCAGUACAAGCUUGAGAGAGACUGGGAAUCAUUCGUACUUACGUCGACUGUGCUGCUAAACGCAAACGUUGCACUUCUCAGCUCGCCCAUUAUUUAUUCGAAUGGAGACACGGGAUUAUGGGCAUCACCCGCUGCCGUUGCAAGCCAAGUAUCUAUAGUUGCCAGUAUUGCAAGCAUUGUCAUUGGCCUCCUCCUCGUGCGGCAAAUUCGAAUAAGCAGUAAAGACAUUGAAAUUACAGCAUCAGAUACCAUAAGAUAUCUCAGUAAUAGAAAACAUGAACAACUCGGACUCGAGACAAUAGCAAUCCAAUAUAGUCUGCCUUACGCUCUGCUUAUGUGGGGCGUGAUAACUUUCCUGACUUCGAUUGCCAUCGCUUGCUUUUUCAGAGUCAAUGGUACGCCAGACAUAGUCGAGCAAAUGAUUUAUGCUGUAUCGUGGUUCUUUGCUAUUCCCCUCAUCCUCUGGACUGUGCUUACUGGCUGGGAAACAAACAAUCAAGCGCACUGGACUGAGUUACUCUCAGCUAGUUGGUGGAAAUCGGCCAUCUACAAGCACUGGAAGGGCAACUUGUCCUGGCCACGACGCACGGCACAGAAAUCGGAAGACAUUGAGGCCGACCAGGAAACAACGACAGAAGAAGAGACUGCGGCUGAUUGCGGCCCGGAGCAAGCGGAGGGCCUUGGGGGACCGAAAGUUCCUGGUCAUCGAAAUUGGCGUAUACGAGUGAAGAACUUUGGACCAGUUCGACGAUUGACGUUCAACAGCUUUAUGCGAUCAUAAAUGAGUAUCACGAUCUCCCUGGCCGAUGCAUGUAUGCUGAACCAAUGGAUAGUCUUGAAAUUAUUACUUGUUUGGAUAUCGGACAUCGAACAUCGUUGCCCGAACAUAUACACAAGCAGUCAUGCUGCUUUGGAUCUUGGUUUUCAUCACCUCUGCC